CCUGUAAAGGAAGGUGGUUUUGUAUAUAGUGGGGAGGAGAGCAAUAAUGGUGAGGGCAACACAGUCCUGGUAGUUUUAAACAACUAUAAAAGGAAAUGCUGUUGCAAAGGGAGUGGAAUGGAACUUGUGGCCUCUUGACAGCUCUGAAGAGGUCCAAAUUUAACCAUCAUACUGUAAAAAAGAGAUUUUUAUUUAUGAUGCAUAAGAAACUUUCUAUGGUUAGGUUUCGGUAUAGAAUCAUAAAGUCCCCGAAACUUCGAGCAAGAGGCAAAACUUGCAAACUGAGAAAAAUCAAGCCAAGGUGGGUGAAGAAAGCUACAAGGGACCAUCAAGAGACGCUUCAGUGGGAUUUUGAAAGUGGAUUGUGUAAUUGGUUUUCCUACUGGAAAUCUAAAAGUAACCGUCUUUGGAACCGGUACAGCUUAUCAGAUAUGAACAAUAAUACACCCAAAUCUUUAGGUGAGGAGAAUGAAAUCUGUGCACCUGCGAUCUGCCGUACACAGGACGCGUUACCGUCUGCUGAGCCGUGUUCUGAGGGUCCGGGAUCCGGAGGGCAGGAUGGCAGUGUGGAUGCUGUCCCACCAGAACUGCAUGUUAGCGCUUCUCCAGAGGCAGAGGCCUUGCACCAGGUGGAGACCAAUGGGGCUCUGUCAGAGAAUCAUUGUUCUGACAUUUUUGCCCCCGCGACAGAAAAACAAAUUGCUGUUUCAGAUCAAGAUGGUGCAGAAUCCAAGGAAGCUAUGGGUGUAGAUGGAAUGACACUGUCGCAAUCCUCCGUGCAGGAUUCUGUUGUUGAUGAUAAUUUUGCAAAUGGACCUUUAUCCAUGGAGCUGACACAAAAUGAGGACAGCUCUAGCCAAAUGGAAGUAGAGGGCUCCUUGGACAUUUUUAGUUCAAAAUUACUAGAUCACCCUUACUGUAAAAGUCCUCUCGAGGAGCCUUCACCAGAAAGCACAGGACUGAAAUCAGGAACUCGGAAGGGAGGCAAAAGGAACAGUCAGAAAGCUUCCCGGGUGGCUGAUGAGCAGUUGGCAACGUGGCUUUGUGGAUUCCUAGAUGAAGUUAUGAAGAAAUAUGGCAGUUUAGUACCACUCUGUGAAAAAGAUGUCAUGGGAAGAUUAAAAGAAGUCUUUAAUGAAGAUUUCUCCCAUAGAAAACCUUUUAUCACCAGGGAAAUCAUGAAGUAUCGGGAAAAACAUCCAAAACCCUCCACUUGCAAUUUCCGGGUCUUCUAUAAUAAGCACAUGCUAGAUAUGGAUGAUUUGGCUACACUGGAAGGCCAGAACUGGCUGAAUGACCAGAUAAUUAACAUGUAUGGUGAACUCGUAAUGGAUGCAGUCCCUGAAAAGGUUCAUUUCUUUAACAGCUUUUUUCAUAGACAGCUCGUAACCAAAGGAUAUAAUGGGGUAAAACGAUGGACUAAAAAGGUGGACUUAUUCAAAAAGACUCUCUUGUUAAUUCCUAUUCACCUGGAAGUCCACUGGUCCCUCAUUACUGUGAACAUCCCCAGUCGAAUUAUUUCAUUUUAUGAUUCCCAAGGCAUUCAUUUUAAGUUUUGUGUAGAGAACAUUCGAAAGUAUUUGCUGACUGAAGCAAAAGAGAAGAAUCGCCCCGAGUUCCUUCAGGGUUGGCAGACUGCUGUGACAAAGUGCAUUCCACAACAGAAAAAUGACAGUGACUGUGGGGUUUUUGUGCUCCAGUACUGCAAGUGCCUCGCCUUAGACCAGCCUUUUCAGUUCUCCCAGGAAGAUAUGCCCCGAGUGAGAAAAAGGAUUUACAAGGAGCUGUGUGAACGCCAGCUAAUAGACUAAUAAAAUGCAGCCAACCUAAUUUCUCUGGCAUUUCUGACAAGUUGCAGCUGGUGUUUGUGUACUUGAAUUUCUGAAAACUUCCAAGAAUUUUGAGUGAUUCUCAGCUGAGUGGUGUGGCCACUGUCGUUACCUCAAUUUUUUGACAAGUUCUUUAACUGGCAGAACAUAACAGAGCUGCCGUAGAAUAUUCCUAAUGUCAGUUUGGUUCUCUUAUGUUCUUUCCUGUAUUUAAUAUUUAUUAUCUCAGCAUGCAUAUAGGCAAAGCAUGCAACUAAAACCAUAAAACUGUAGAUUUGGUGCACCUUUGAGAUGUAGCUAGAAAUGACAAAUACAGGUGAAUUUGUCUGGAAACAUAAAGAUGCAUGGUAUGUUUUCUGAUGCAAUAAUGCUUUGAAUGUAUCAAAAAAAAUCAAUGCCAUAAAAAGAACAGCUAGAACCUAUUUGGUAGUUACAUUGUCCCUGUUGUGGCUGUACAAUACUGAAUACCACUUUUUAGGGUGGCUAAGCUCAUCUACAGUUCUAAUUUGUGAAGACCCCUUUUUAAAAUAGUUCAAAUUGGUAAUAAAGUUUGUUCUGUUAACAUUUAUCUGGCUGCCAUUAUCAGCCUGUCCCUAUAGAUAAAAAGCAGCCUUUGCACAAAUAAAGCUUCAGCACUUGUCUCUAUAAUAGGAACUACAGAAGUGUUCAGUCGGUCAGAUUGAUUUAAGUUCCUAGAUGCUGCAGAAGUCUCCAUGAUGUGUGUAUUAAGGAGAAUUACAAAGCUGGCCCUGAAGAGUCACAGCUUAGAUAGUAAGAUAAACUCCUUGGCUGUAACUGUUUACAUCUCAGAUGGUUUUGAGUCAUUUCUCAGAUCCACAAUAUGCAGUGAAACGUACCAUUUUGGCAUUUCUUCCUUCAGCUCUGUCUUCAAAGCUUGUUGUCUUUAACCUCCCGUUGGCUUUUGCUUUUGUUCAAAUAUAAAUUAAUUCAUUUCUGCUGCA